UGUGUUCUGCUGCUACUGUCUGGCUGUCUGGCUGUCUGCUGGCUGUGAUCCUACUCCUGGCUGUGUUUUUUCCUUCUACAGCCUGCAACAGACGCAUUCAGUACAGCACUAAUAUCCCCCAAGCAGCAAGUGUACUAGAGGAAGUUUUGAGAAACCAUGGAGGAAUUAAGAGGAGAGUGGGAUGCUGCCACAAGCUUUGCCCCGGGAGCAGUGAGUGAACGCUGGUGGACCACCAUUAGUCAGCAGUACACAGCUGAGGGCCGGGUGUAUCAUGGCCCCAACUACUUGACCCAGCUCUUCUCCCUCUACCAUGAGCACCAAGACAAGCUAACCAAUGCUCAGGCUGUGGCUCUGGCCAUUUUCUUCCAUAAGUUGGAGUACAAUCCUCGCUGCUGUGAUUCAGAUUUAAAAAAUGUGGAGAAGUUUGAUGAGUUCAUCUCAGAAGCUGGUGAAGGUCAACAGGACUCUGCAGUGGCAAGAGCAGUACGGGCGUUGCUGGAAGCCUCAGUGAACAAUUUGACUGAUGCCCACAUGACUGAGGGUGGAGUAGGGACAGAGGAUCUGCACUAUUUCCUGGACUUCACAACUGGCGUGCUGGGCUGUCCCUCUCAAGAAUACCAACAGUAUACAACCAAGAUCCAGGCAGAGUAUGUCCAUCUUCCCACAGCAUCGUACAACCAACUCAGACUGAAGAUGCUGAAGAACUUGGUGCUGAUGCCCAACAUCUAUGCGACUCCUGAGUUUCAGAAAGAACGGGAAAAAACAGCCCGAGAGAACCUGCAGUGGGAGAUAGACAACCUGCAGGGCUAAACUGAAAGGUAGGGCUAUCUUGCAAGCUACAUUUUGUUAUGUUUUACAGUUCUGUCUUUGAGGUCUAGGAACAUUCCUUAUAUUUAGAGUGGCUGUACUAUGUGAGUUUUUAUCUCGAUAUUUUUUUUUACUUUUACCAGAACAAAAUAUCUCAAUGACACAUUUUGUUAGAUUUUAGCUUUUUAUUAACAAUUUUCUUCAGUUGUAUUAAGCAAUUUUGACAGAAAAAAAAAUAAUAAAAUAUAUAUAUAUAUAUAUAUAUAUAUAUAUAUAUAUAA